UUCAAUAAACAAUGUUUGGAGGUUCAGGGUUGGAAAGCUUAAAAAUUAAACUAGAAACAUGUAUGGUUAGGAUAUUAAACAACUUACACACUCGAUCUAAGAACAAAAUAGAAAAAAUUAGAUGACUUCAAUAGCUACAGAUAAGAUAAUCAAUCUUAAAGAAAAUAAAUAGUUAAAGGGUUUUCUUUUUUCUUUUUAUUGUUGGUCGACCAAAAUAUAACAUUUCAACAUUAUUAAUUUAGCAUUUAUUUAUUUAUGACUAUGACAGAGUCAAAACGAAAAGUCUCAUAGGAAGAAAUUUUGUCCAAAAUCAAGUCUUCUCCUGACUUGCUCAACUUUCUAAUGGCAAACGUUAAACCCUUCAGAAAUCUGCAAAUUUAGGCCGAUUUCAUCUUCUUCUACAAACCCACAAUCUUUGAUUUAUGGCUUCUGUUCAGAAAUCGUCUUAUUUCUUCCUUCUUCUUCUUCUUCUGGGUUUUCCAUCCUUUUCAAAUUCUCAGCCAUAUAAGAACAUAACUCGAGAUUCAUCUCUCACUGCACAGAACAAUAACAAUGAUUCCUACUGGCCCUCACAGUCUGGUGAUUUCGCAUUCGGGUUUCUUCAAUUUGGAAGCAAUGGCUUUUUGUUGGCCAUUUGGUUCAACAAAAUCCCAGAAAAAACUGUUGUCUGGUCGGCCAAUCGCGACAAUUUGGUGCCUGGAGGAUCUAAAGUUCAGCUUACAAAUCGUGGCCAGUUCGUGCUCAAUGACCCUGAAGGCAGACCAAUCAGGAGUGCAAGUUUAGGCGACAAUGUCGGGUCAGUUUCUUAUGCUGCUAUGCUUGAUUCUGGCAAUUUCAUUCUAGCUGGGAGUGAUUCCCAAGUGUUGUGGCAAAGCUUCGAUUAUUCUACUGAUACAAUAUUACCAACCCAGAUCAUGAAAUCAUCUCUUAUUUCUUCUUAUUCUGAAACGAAUUACUCCGAAGGAAGAUUUAAAUUCUCAAUGAAACCUGAUGGAAAUCUUGUCUCAUCUUACCUCAAAACCAUCCCUAUGCGUGAAAGUGCCACAUUAUAUUGGGAAAGUGAAACAAAAGGCUCUGGGUUUCAGCUGGUUUUCAACCUCUCUGGCUCCAUUUAUAUCUCUGAAGGAAAUGGAGGCAGUGUUGUACAAGUUUUGACGAACAAUACUCCUUCAACUAAGGAUUUCUACCAUCGAGCCCUUUUGGAAUAUGAUGGAGUUUUCAGGCAAUAUGUGUAUCCAAAGAAUGGUAAUGAUACCAGUCCUUCUCCUUGGCGUAAGGCUUGGAGUCAGGUAUCAAAUUCCAUACCUUCUAAUAUUUGUGUGGCAAUAAACGAUGGCUUAGGAUCUGGAGCUUGUGGGUUCAAUAGCUAUUGUAGUUUAGGUGAUAAUCAGAGACCAGUUUGCAGUUGUCCUCAUGGCUAUGAAAGGGUUGAUCCAAAUGAUGAGGCCAAAGGCUGCAAACCAAGUUUCGUUCCUCAAAGUUGCGGCGACAAUUCGUCGUCGGACUUCGAGUUCAUUUCCAUAGAAUACUCAGAUUGGCCUUCUUCUGAUUAUGAGGCUUUCUAUGAGGUUAAUGAGGAUUGGUGUAGAAGAGUUUGCUUGGAGGAUUGUUUCUGUGCUGCUGUUGUUUUCAGUGGAAAAAAAUGUUGGAAGAAGAGAUUUCCUCUUUCAUUUGGAAGAGUGGAUCUUGGAUUUCCAGGUAAAGCUCUGAUUAAAGUUAGAAAAGAUAACUCCACUUUCAAACUUGAUCAUCCAAUCAAGAAAGUUGUGAAGGACAAAACUUUGAUAGUUAUUGGGUCAAUUCUCUUAGGGUUUUUUGGGUUUCUGUUAGCAACUUUCUUUAUUGCUUACCAAUUCAAUAUAAAGAGAAGAAAGCUUGGUAUGGUGGAAAUGCCACCAGUUCUGAGCUUGAACCUACGCAUUUUCAGCUAUGAAGAGCUCAACAAGGCCACAGCUGGUUUCAAAGAACAGCUGGGAAGUGGCGCUUUCGCUACUGUUUAUAAAGGGAUUGUUGAUGAUUGUGUGGAUAAUAACUUGGUAGCUGUUAAGAAGCUGAACAAUGUAGUAAAAGAGGGAGAGCAAGAGUUUAAAGCUGAAGUUAGAGCUAUUGCUGGAACAAACCACAAGAAUUUGGUUCAAUUACUUGGGUUUUGCAAUGAAGAGCCACAUAGAAUGUUGGUGUAUGAAUACAUGAAAAAUGGGUCCCUUGCAGAUUUCCUUUUUGGGUCUUCAAAACCAAAUUGGUAUCAAAGGAUUCAAGUCGUUUUAGGAACUGCUAGAGGGCUAUGCUAUCUACACGAAGAGUGUGAUACUCAAAUCAUUCAUUGUGAUAUUAAGCCUCAGAACAUCCUUUUGGAUGACUCGUUGGCUGCUCGGAUUUCAGACUUUGGAUUAGCCAAACUCUUGAACAAAAACCAAACCCGAACGAUGACAGCGAUUAGAGGAACGAAAGGGUAUGUAGCUCCUGAGUGGUUUAGAAGUCUUCCCAUUACGACGAAGGUUGAUGUUUAUAGCUUUGGCAUUCUGCUGCUGGAGAUUGUUUGUUGCAGGAAGAGUAAUUGA